CUUUUUGCCUUUUUCAUUUAUACUUUCUGAUUUUCUAUUGACCACACUUGUAAUUCCAAUUCUCUAGACAGCACAUGUCAGCCACAGCAAACAACAGCGACAACAGCGCCAGCGCCAGCGGCACCAGCAAGGUCACGUCGACACUGAUGCUCAAGAACGACGGCAGGCCGCCAUGGUAUACGGCAGACGGCAAAAACCUCCCAGUGUAUAUGGUUGGCAUUGCCGGAGGCAGCGCCAGCGGCAAGACUAGCGUGGCCAAGCGGAUAGUCGAAAGCCUCGACGUCCCAUGGGUGGUGAUCAUCAGCAUGGACUCGUUUUACCGGCGACUGGCUCCUGAAGAGUCCAAGCAGGCAUUCGCAAAAACCACGACUUGGACCACCCGUCCAGCUUUGACUAUUGUUCCGCAGUACGACUUUGCGACUCACGCGCCCAGGGACAAGUCGCAGAACAUCUACGGCGCUUCCGUGGUGAUCUUUGAGGGCAUAUUUGCCCUGUACGACCCGGAAAUCCUCAAGAUGAUGGAUGUCAAGAUAUUUGUCGACACUGACAGCGACAUCUGCCUGGCGCGCCGCAUCAAGCGCGAUGUCGCCGAUCGGGGUCGCGAUCCGCUGGGCGUGCUGCAGCAGUACGACCGCUUUGUCAAGCCCGCAUACGACAGCUUUGUCCGGCCUACUAUGAACAACGCCGACGUUAUUAUUCCGCGUGGGCUUGACAACCAGCGCCAGCUAGACGGGAGCAAUGCGACAAUCAUGCGCCCGAUACUCGUUGACCAGUACAGCGCCGCCGACCAGCUCAAGGACACGCUCUUGACUCUGCCGCAGUCCAACCAGACCAUCCUCUGUGACCGCACGACGUCGCGCGAUGAUUUUAUCUUUUACUCGGACCGCCUAUCGCGCCUGAUCAUUGAGCACGGGCUGGGCCAGUUGCGCCUGGAGAGCAAGACUGUCGUGACCCCGAUGGGGCUACCUUACAGCGGCUUCAAGAUUGCGUCAGAUAUCACUGGCGUCACCGUGCUGCGCGCGGGCGGCGUCAUGGAAAAGGCGCUGCGCAGCGUCGCGCGUCUGGCCCACUACGGCAAGAUUCUCAUAGUCGGCGACCCGGUGACGCACGAGCCCAGGCUGCACUACGCCAAGCUCCCGCCGUCGAUCAAGGACCACCAGGUGCUGCUGAUGGACCCGACUAUCGUUUCUGGUGCAAACGCCUUGAUGGCGAUCCGCAUCUGUCUUGACCAUGAAAACAUCGUGUUUGUGUCUCUGCUGGCCACCCCACAGGGUGUCCAUGCCAUCCAGACUGCAUUCCCCACGGUCAAGAUCGUUGUGGCUCUGAUCGACUCUCACAUCGGAACAGACGACCUGCUCAUAGAGUCGGAAAAACGUUUUGUUUUAACCUAA